AUGUUAACUCCGCACUGACAAAGAACAAGAGGAAAGAUAGGGGAGGGCCGUUCGACACACUCUUCUCGAGAUGCCUUCUUUUGCGGAGCGUCCGCGCUCCUCGCAAGAGGCUCUUCUCCGACUCGAAAAAGGCUCGGGCUCUCCAAUCAGUCAACUCAACGAGGCAGCUCAAAUCAUCGGACUGGAUCUGGCACUAUGCGCAAGUCAUCCGGAGAUUAAUAAAACCACCUACGUCCAAGCUCGCGCCGCUCCGAAGGAAGAAUGGGUUCUCCGAUGGUUAUUAAAGAAGUUGAAGGCGGGGAAGAACUAUCGUGUCGAGCCUGCGUCUUUUCUCCUGUUACGACAACUCAUUGAUCUUAUUCAGCCCAAGACAUUGGCGACAACACUCAAGGACCAGAGAUUCUUGGCGAUCCUCGACCACGCGAUUACCGACUUGGAGGAUGAUGUUUUUGCCGGUCUUGAAAAUGGAGUGACAGAGUUGGGCCACUCGGACUCAGAGUCCAGUAAGACUCUCAGCGAUACAUCGCCUCAAAGUGAUAAGAAAGGAACCAAACGAAAGAGAGCUGGCGACAGUGAACAAGAUGGAAUGGACGUUGACGAACAGCCGCAGACGCCUACGUCGUGCUUCUUGUCCUUCAUCCGUGCCUUGGAUUGCUUGUACAGCUUGGUGAUGCUCGCAAGUCGAACGCUUGAGAAUGAUGAUGAGGUAGCCAGUUCUCAUUUGAAGCAUGCGCUGAAAGGUGAGCCCGAAACGGUUGCUGUGACUUUAGGGAGAUCGUUCAGACUUGCAGCUGUGGCUUCCACGCAGUUUUCCAACGCGCGGAAGACGACAGAUCUGCAACACCUCCUAUAUGUGUUCCCAGCUAUCCUGGACCUAUGGGAUAUGCGAUCUAACCAUCGUGUGGACACGGACAGUGGAUCGAGCAAUGAAUCUUUUGCCAAGUAUUGCUUCCAAAGUGCUCUGAGGUUGCAGCACUCUGUGAGAUCCAUUCAGCUUGACACUGACGAAAGGACUCAAGUCCUGCAUGGGGUUGAGCGUUUGAUUGCGCUCCAUGUAGUCCUUCCCGCGCGGGCCGCCUUUUUUGAUAGAGGGGGAUCAGGCAUAGAUUAUUCGGCCAGCGAACCGGACUGGAGCGCUGUGAAGCCUGUUUCCGAUACCUUCAGACCCAUUCUUUGUGAACUCGAGCUCCCCAGUCAGAAUACCAGUGGUGACAUCGUCAAGAAGAAAACGUUAUGGAAGACGGCAGAACUUCUGCCCGAGUUCUUCGACAUUGCUUGUCGAUCGGUUCCCAGAGACACCUUCCGAAGACAAACACACGAUGCGCCUUGGUUGGAGACUCUGUUCGUUGCAAUUGCUGAGCUAGCAUUUUCUAUUGUGAAAGCUGAGAACACUACUACUUACCUUCCCGAAUUUGUCGGUGUCUUGGAGCGGCUCUUUCGCGUCGCCCUCGACCGGACCGUGCAGUUAUCUUUGCAUACUUUGCUCACUCAUGCUUCCUACACCGGCCUGCAUAGAGACGGACUGUCGCAGGUUGAGUGGAGCUUAACCGCCUUAUUGAUUGAGCUUGGGGCAGACAUAUUCUUGCCAAAUUCUGGACUUAGUAACUCAACUCAAUUGUUGGAUGCGUUACUUCAAAAAAUUAACCUACACUGGCGUAGCGGUGCGUCUCAGGCAGGUGGAAGUUAUGAGACUAUCAAAAACGGCAUCUUGAUUCCUUUGAUGCGCGCAUUCAUGAGUGCCAGAGAUUUGGCAACGUUCAUGCAGUUGUGGUAUGAGCAACUCAUUGAAGUAGAAGAGGCACGAUCUCAAGACAGUAGCUUGAGCCUUUUCACUGUCUGGGAAGAUGAUGAUGUGUGCAAUGUCUACGGUGAUCUGAUGCGCAGCCCCCUUACCCAUACAUAUGCUUCUGCGCAAAUGCAUGCAGCUGCAACUGAGAUUAGGGCCGAGGAUGGCAAGAUUUCCAAGUCCGCCGGGUCUUAUGCUCAGUUUGUCAUCCUGGAAGCUGGUUUUAGAAAUCGUGAUCUGAGUGCUACAGAUUCCCAUGAAGAUCUGGAUUCUAUUAUUAAGACGUUGAAGUCAACCUUGUCCUCGAAGCAACACCUAUAUUGGCGAUGGCGGUUAUGGAGGCUGACUCGCAGCCUUCUCGAGAACAAUGUGCACCCAACCGACAGCCCUCUUGCUGCUACAAUCAUGGGGUUAGUUGAAGCUGCGGCGAAGUCUAUCAAGCGCCAUCAGAAGGACCGGAUGCAGAAACUGUGUGCACCCCUGGAGUGCUUCGAAGCAUAUCGAUUUACUGUUACUGCCAUUAGUGUAUCUGCAAAGUCCAGCUAUACUGAUGAGUUCAACUUGCUCACUAAGGAUAUUGCGGAGUUUAUGGAAUCUAGCUCCGGAAAAUCAACACCCUCGUCCAAUAAUUCCCCAUGGAAUGGUCGGGUGGACACUCUCGAUUCAAUGUACCUCGUCUUGGCCUACUUUCUGACCCUUGUCAGGUGUCCGGACGUCUGGGGCGAGGUCAACUUUGAAAUCCGCCGCUCUCUCUUUCAAAAUAUGCUCUCACUAGCAACAUCUCAGUAUGACCCGUCAUCGACGCUCGAGACACCCCCAUCUGAGGCAAGGUUCUUACAGGCCUGGGCGAGUGUGGUCUGCCACGAAUACCUUCUUAAUGCUCCUGCCAUCGCCGUUGACCUGAUUACCGUCCUAUCGGAACGAGUCAAGGAGGACGCCUCAAAUCGGAGGCUUUAUGUUGAGAGUCUCCAGAGAAUCCCUACGGCGCUUAUUACACGCCGCCAGAGGGGACUUCUACUAGACCUCCUGCAGGCUGUUGUCAUACAGGAAAAUAGCACGGCUGAAAUCACCGUAGGAAUAUUGUCCCUGAUGGCGAAGCUGGCCGACAUGCCCAAGUCCACGGCAGCUUUGACCAGCGAUUGGGAACCAAUCUGGACAGUAGCUAAAGCUGUCAGCUUGCAGGGGACAGAAGUUGACCUGCAGAUCAUGAAAGCAUUCAGAAAUUUACAUCGAGCAGUCGUAUCUAAGCUUCUUGUUCUCUCCGAAGAGGAUUGUCGCCGACUGUUCAAGAAGAUGUACCGCAAAGUCUCGUCCAAGGCGUCUAAGUUACGAACUAUUGACCGUGAUUCCAUGGAUUGCUUUUUCUUGAGGAUCUCCUUAUCUCAGCUCUGGCUCCACCGCAAGCGACUGUCUGGUGUUGAUGAGACGGAAUUGGCUGCAUGCCGUCAAAAGGUUUUUGAUUUGGUUGUGAUGGAGGUCAAGUCCGUCAAAGAUCAAUGCAAGAAGCAGAAGUUAGAGGAGACCAUUACUUUGAUCAAGAUCCUGGAUGCAUUGGAGGACUUUGAGGACCUGGCGACGGAUCACGCUGAAGUUGAGAAGUUCUUGACCAAGAUCGAGAAUUAUGUUGAAAAAUCGGUGGACUCAGGGUCCUCACUGAGAAGGCUCAUCAGGCGUCGUGUCUUGGCUGGUAAAGGCACAGAGAAGAGUAUUACACUGCCUGUUAUAAGCUGCGUCGAGACACUGCCGCUCCAGCACAUGUAUGGCGAAGAGCAGCAGCUUUUUAUUCGAUCAACAACUGCCAGAUUUCAGUCGAUGACUGUGGACCAACUGACUCAGGUUAUCCAAGACAUCCGGGAACUUGGAUUUGAUGGAGAGAAUGCCGCCUAUCACCUCCUCGUUUCCGGCUUAGCUGUCGCCGCACUUGCCCCUGUCGAUGAUAAGGAAAGCAGCACGGCUAAAGAACUCUCUCUUCUGUGCACCGCUGUCACGGAUUCAGUUCGCCGUAGCAGAUCCAUCGAACAUUUCACUCUUGCUACCGAAUGUAUAGAUAUUCUUCUGCGUAGCCACACACGCUGCAUUACUCAGUGGAACAUCGACAGUCUUCUGGCAUGUGUUGCGGUGUGCGCUUCAAAGGCCGGUCCACUAAUUAGUCCGGAAUACUCUGCAUCAAUCUAUAUUCGACUAUGUCGGUUAAUGGGCGUACUCUUUGGUAUUCACCGCCAGAAACUCGGUGGUCGUUUCCAUCUGAUUCUGCCUGCCAUGCAGCGACUGCUUAACUGCUUGUUCGCUCGCAGUAAGAAGCGCACAAGGACUAUGCUGUCGGAGAAGAGAUCUGCGCAGCAACCAUUCUGGCUUGCACCCCUGCAGGCCGCCCACGCCGUGCACUUUACCCGUCUCCUCACAUCACUUUGCGACCCGACCGUUUCUGCGGUGUCGAGGCCCACCCAGACCGGGCUGAGCCACGAGGGCUUGACUGACCAGACCAAGAAAGCUAAGCGUAUCGCGGGUCAGUACCUCCAGUACCUCAUCAUGGAGUAUGCGGAGAGCUCCCUGCGCGGCUCACUGGCACCAGAAGUCAAAACUGCCAUCCUGCCGGGUCUCUACUCUGUCUUGGAUGUGAUGUCACGGGAUACCAUGCGGGCAUUGAAUGCUGGACUCGAUGUAUCCGGUCGUGCGAUCUUCAAGGGCCUCUAUGACGACUACGUGAAGUUCGGCAAGUGGAAUAAGGGAUGAUGGGGUUGUGUGGGUAAAAUUAGCGGCGUGAAUUAGACUGGACGGUUGCCUGGAGUUGAUGGUGGAGUCUAGUGUACGAAACAGACAUUGCCUACAUAUCACACUCGAUAAGUGUAUGCGAUGUCAUCAUUGAUAUGUUGUAUAUAGAUAGCGGCAUUGCCUACAAUUUAUCUGGUUCGAAACCAUAUUGAAGCCAACAUAUAGUACAUAUUGUCCUUGAGCCAUGUAUUCAUGAUUUGGUAUGCGAAUCGUUAUAGAAAUAGGACAAGGUGACUUCCC